AUGAGUGAUAAUGAAACAUAUUUAUUUGAAUUAGAUGAUGAUUUAUCAGAAAAAGAUUGGAAUGGUCCCAAACGAUCAAUAUGUUCUCGUUGUGAACGACCGGAAUUAGUUUGUCUUUGUUCACAUUUACCUUCAACACCUAUUCAUCUUAAUCAUACAUCCGUUGUUAUAUUUCAACAUCCAAAUGAAAUUAAACGACCAUUAGGUACUGUACAAUUACUAUCCAAAUGUCUUGAUUCAUCAUCAUUAACUGUUAUACGUGCAAGGCAAUUUCCACGAAAAUAUUAUCCUGAUAUAUAUUCAAAUCCAAAUACAUAUUUACUUUUUCCUAAUGCAAAUGCUGUUCUAUUAGAUGAUAUUAUUAAUGAGAGUAGUCAUUAUACAAUUAUUGCACUUGAUGGUACAUGGAAUGAAGCUAUGGGUAUUUAUCAUCGUCAUAGUGAAUUACAAGAAUUAAAAACAUGUUAUGUUAAAAUUGAUCAAAAAUCUGAAUUUGCUAUUCGUACUCAACCAACAAAAGAAACAACAUCAACAUUAGAAACAGUAGCAUAUGCAUUAAGAUGUACAGAAAAAGAUAAACCAACAUUAUUUGAUGAUAUUGUUCGACCAUUAAAACGUAUGGUAGAAUUACAAUUAAAUUUAGGUGCUGUUGUACAUGAAGCAAAAUUAAGUUUAAUUGAAAGUGGUCAAACACGAAGACAAUAUAGUAAAAAACAUGAAAGAUGGCUUAUGACACUUCAACAUUAA